AUGGCCACCAGACAGCGAACUGCCACCACAGUUAUGGUCGAGAAGGACCUGCCAAAGGUCACUCACGAGGCCACUUCUCAACCUCAAUUCCCCGACAUCAAGACCAUCAAGGAUGCCAUCCCCGCCCACUGCUUCCAACCUUCACUUACCACCUCCUACUACUAUACCAUCCGCGACUUCGCUAUUAUCGGCACCCUUGCCUGGGCUGCCCUUACCUAUAUCACCGGCAUUAAGGACCAAUACCUCCGUAUCGCCGUCUGGAUGGCCUAUGGCUUCCUCCAGGGUCUUUUCUGCACCGGAAUCUGGAUUCUCGGUCAUGAGUGCGGCCACGGUGCUUUCUCUACCUAUAGCAAGCUCAAUAAUAUAACCGGCUGGUUCCUACACUCAUUCCUUAUGGUCCCCUAUUUUAGCUGGAAGUACUCUCACUCCCGUCACCACCGUUUCACUGGCCAUAUAGACCUCGAUAUGGCCUUUGUCCCCCGCUCUAAGCCUAAGGCUUCUCUAUCCUUCUAUAUCGCUGGCAUAGAUGUUGCUGAGCUGAUCGAGGAUACCCCUAUUGCCCAAGCCGUCAAGCUCGUCUUCCACCAGCUCUUCGGAUGGCAGGUAUAUACCUUCUUUAAUGCCAGCGCUGGUAAGGGCAGUAAGCAACGGGAGCCUAAAAGUACUUUCGCCAAAUGGCUCUGCGUUAGCCACUUCGAUCCCAUGAGCGCUGUCUUCCGUCCCGCCGAGGCUCCCUUUAUCAUUAUCAGCGAUAUUGGUCUCGGUCUCACUCUAACUGUUCUAUACUUUGCUUCCCAGAAGGUUGGCGUUUCUACCGUUCUCUUCCUCUACCUCGUUCCCUACCUCUGGGUCCAUCACUGGCUCGUCGCUAUCACUUACCUCCACCAUCAUCACACUGAGCUCCCCCAUUAUACCGCUGAAGGCUGGACCUACGUUAAGGGUGCUCUUGCUACUGUUGACCGCGAGUUCGGCUUUAUUGGCAAGCACAUUUUCCACGGUAUCAUUGAGAAGCAUGUCAUUCACCACCUGUUCCCUAAGAUCCCUUUCUAUAAGGCUGAUGAGGCCACUGAGGCCAUCAAGCCCGUUAUCGGCGACCACUAUUGCCACGACGACCGUAACUUCCUGGGUCAGCUCUGGAGCAUCUUUGGUAGCCUUGACUACGUCGAGCACGACCCCACCAUUCCCGGUGCCAUGCGCUGGGCCAAGAAGAAGAUAUCUGAGCAAGGAAUCGACGGAAGCGAUGCUGUGCUAUGUGACGAUAGAAUACACAUUGGAUAG